AUGUUCACCAUCUACCUCCUCUUCCUCGGCUCUUCCGUUCUCCAAAUUGGCGGGUUGAUUUACGACCACACCGUGUUCUCCAUCCCAUAUCCUCCUCCCCUUGGCCUCGAUUUCUCAUUAACUUUUGUAACCGCAGUAAUCAACUAUGCAGGCCCCUUCUUCCUCAACUCGCGUCAAUUCCGUCAUGUUUUACCUCUUUUGGACGUGUGCCCCUACUUUGGUGUCCAUUGUCUCGUUCUUCGUGUUUAUUAUGCAGGGAGGCGAGUUGACCAUUGGUGUUGCGUUUCGACUGCUGUUGCGCUCGAGCGUAUCGCUGUGUACCUCGACGAAGAAGUUACGGAUCAAGUAUCUUCUUUGAAGAACCUCACCUCCCUGGCGGAGACGAUGAUGAAACAGGAGGAACAGGAUAAGACCAAGAAUGUUGCUUCGAGCCCCAGCCCGCUAAGUAACAUUCCAAACCCAUCGUCCUCCAAUGAAGAUGUUGACACUGUGGCUACCAGUGACGUCGAAACCGCCGCCAGCGACUCUAUAUCGCUGCCGGCUAGUUCGGUCUCCAGAGGGACAGUUGUCCGUCGUCAAUGGACCUACUGCAUCGGCUCUUCUUUGCUGCUCCACACGUCCGGGUUUUUGUACGAAAAACUUCUCUGUGGACCUCUGCUCGCAAAUCGGACAGUCGUUCUCGUCACGCACCACGUUGAGCUGGUACCCCCCGGCGCUAAACUCGUAAGGCUGUUCGACGGCCGUAUCGAUACUCAAGAUCCAAUUCAGGAUUUACGGGCCAAAUGUAUUCCGCAAAGCAUCACGCUGGACGCCGCUGUUGAAGUCAAGAAGGGAGAGCUUGAAGAAGCGGCGGUUGCUGGCGAUCGGACGUCUUCGAUGGCACUACGAAGUCGCCCCUCGAAGAGACGAAGAAAUCGCGCAAGUUGCUCAAGGAUGAGCAUCGUGAGACGGAGUGUUAAGUGGUCGAUGUAUAAGAGCUAUCUCAAGGCUUCAUCAUAUUGGACUUGGGUGAUCUUGAGCAUCCUGAUUGUUGUCAUCCAGCUGUUGGGAGUAGGUGAAAAGCUCUGGAUCAAGUGCUCUGGCCAGUGUUUUGCCUGUUACUGCGCAGCAUACUGGGGGUUCUCGGAUUUUGAACAAACAAUUCCUCGUUACGGUCGUACAGGCUACGCUUAUGUUAUCAACCCAAAAUCACCAUCGACAUCCACAGCCCAACUAACUUCCGCUCCCGCCACACCGCUCUAUUUGGCGUCGAUUUGCCCGUUCUGCACACAGUCCUCACGGUGGAAGCCUGCACCACUUCAAUGUCAGCUGGGUGCUCUUUCCUGGUGGGGUGGUUGA